GGCUUCAAAGUGGCGUAUGUUGUGUUCACUUCGGCAGAUUCAGUCGAAAAGGCAAUGGAAGUACCCUCUGGAACGGCAUUAUAUUUGUCCUCCCAGGGCAAUCCUUUGCCGACAGGAAUUAAAAAGUGGUGUGCUAUGUAUAAUAAAUCAUUCGUAAGCAAAACAGUGAUGGCUGAAGAAAUUAAAGGUGUAAUGGAAGAUUUCGACAAAAGGAAAGAAGCAGAAAAGACUGGAAACACAGAGCCAGAUGAGGACGGUUGGGUUACUGUUGUCAACACGAAAAAGAAGCCUCGGCAAGUAAAAGUUGACGAAUUGAAACAGAAGAGAAAUAGAAAGAAGAAAAAGCAGCAAAAGUUGGUCAACUUCUACAGUUUCCAGGACAGACAGACGAAAAUGGAUCAUCUUGCACAGCUUCGGAAGAAAUUUGAGGAAGACAAGAAGAGGAUAACCCAAAUGAGAACAUCCAGAAAAUUCAAACCAUACUAAAGCAGUCGGCGAUUAUGGAGGAAAGUUUUGUGGAUUGAAGUUAUAUUAAAUUUUAUUUACUAA